ACUUGUUUCUUGAUUGUGUGAGUUGUAUGUAUAUUUAUAUAUUCUCCAUCCUGUUUGAUACAGGUGGGUUUUUUACCUCACAAUUUUUUAUUGAAUUAAGUUGUUAAUAAGUAGAAUUAUACGUUAAAACGGUAUUUUGAAACAAUAGCCAAUGAAUUGAAGUGAUUUAGCAUAUGAGCAAGCAAAAUGUACAAUGUGUUUUAACAAUAUUUAAUGUGUGUGUAUUUAUUCGUUAAUAUUACAAGGUUUGAUCUUUAUUCCGUGAUUUUAUUUUGUUAUUUUUACACGGGAAAUCGGGGAAAACCCACAGGGAAAAUCCAUUUUUCCUGUCUGCGCGUGCGCAGUGCGAGUUUGGCUGACAUGCGCAUGCGUAUUUGCUACUAAAACAAUGGCGGUUCGAAUAUUUCGAAGCGCGAAUAUAGCAAACUUUGGAGGGAUUUUUUUCCCAAUUGUGCACCUGUUUCACUUGGGGAGCGACGGAUUCUGAUAAAAAGGCCAGUAUCAAAUUACCUUGUCUGUAUUCAUUAGAAUAUUUUAUCAUUUGGGUUAAUCCAUACGUAUAAAGUAACCGUUGUAUAGAAGAGGGUCUGAUUGUGAAAGAUAUCUGUAAAUGGUUGUGAAGAAAAUCACAAGGAAUUGAAGUAUGGGUAAUUCACCGUCGGCUCGAAGUGAGAGUAAAGUUGUUAUUGUUGGUGGAGGUUAUGCUGGUGCUGCGGUUGCUAUUAACUUAGAUAAUUAUUGUCAUGUCAUUUUAAUCGACCCUAAACCGUAUUUUCAUCAUUGCGUUGCGUCAUUACGAGCUACAGUAGUUGAUCCGGGGUAUGAGAAGAAGGUAAUGAUCCCAUAUGAACCUGCAAUAAAAAACGGAGAGUUUAAACAAGGCACAGUAAUUGGUGUUAACACGUCAGAGAAAUAUGUCACUUUGCAAAAUGAGGAAAAAAUUGGUUAUGAUUACUUAGUGUUUGCUUGUGGUUCCUCCAAUGAUUUUCCAGGCAAGCUUCCUUUGGGCUCAUCGCAGGAAAAUGCUACGAAGUUGUAUGAAGAGUUACGGAAUAAGGUGAAAGAAAGUAAAAACAUUGUUAUUAUUGGUGGAGGGCCAAUAGGCAUUGAAUUGGCGGGAGAAAUUGUUGAUAAAUACGACGAUAAAAAUAUCCAUGUGAUUCACAAUCGAGAAACACUUUGCGAUCCUUCAUUGACUGCAAAAUUUCAUACGAAGCUACUCUCUGUUGUGAAGCAAAAAGGAGUUAAUGUUUUGUUGGGGGAAAGAGCAAAUCUUGAUGAUGUAGAUUUUAAAGGUGGAAUUGGUUGGGUAUCUGGUCCUCUGAAGAUAACAACGAGCAACCCUGAAACAAAUAUUGAUGCCGAUUUGUUGAUUAAAUGCAUUGGUCUCCGUGUUAAUAGUGGAGCAUACCAAUCAAGUCUCUCGGAUAAAAUGGAUGACAAGAACCAACUCAAAGUGAACGACUAUUUUCAAGUUGAAGGAUUAGAGGAUGUUUUCGCCAUCGGUGAUUGUUGUAAUACCAAGGAGAUCAAAGAAGCUUUCGUUGCAGGAAUGCAUGCAGAUAAUCUCUGUACCAACAUACGAUGUUUACUCGAUGGAAAAGUUUUAAAGAAGUACAAAGGAUCAAAUCCUGCCAUGUUUGUUCCUUUUGGAAGAAAUGGCGGAGUUGGGCAGUUGCCGAAUGGGAUGGUCGUGGGAGAUUUCGUUACGAGGAAACUUAAGGCUCAGGAUUUGUUUGUUUCACAACAAUGGAAAACCAUGAACCAAAUUGUUCCCAGUUAAAUGCCACGUAUAUAUUUAUAAAGAGAGAGUCCGGCGAAGUUUUAUAACCAGUGUGGGUGUCAAAAGCAGACUGCUUGCAAGGAAUAGCUAUAAUAGUUUUCAUGAUGUAAUAUUUUAUUGAUUUCAUUGAAAAAUAAAAAUUGAGAAGUUGU